GACUCCAGAGACUGCGUAGAAGCUCUGAGUCAGGACAACAAAAAUAUCAACAAAUCGUUCAUUCGAGGAUCUUGUUUACAGAUCUCAGACCUUCUCAGAGUCACACUGAGAAAUGUUCUGAGGCUGACACCGUGGACAGCGCUGAUAUGUCGUCAGAGGACUUGGAUGAGGGGGUGAUGCCCGUCGCUUUCUCGGACAGCGAUUGGGAACGCAUCAACUAUGAGGAAGACUCUCCCAUAUUGGAAAGGUCGUCGAAGAUCACCGAGAUCAUCGAUGAGGACGGCAUAGGGCCCUGCGAGACGCCUGAAUACGAUCUACUCUACGGUAGCGACAAUGAGGACGCGACCAAUAUCGAUUUCAGGCAUUCUGGUGGCUUCAAGUCGCGCUCAGGGUUCGAUCUUGAUUCCUGGUUGUCAGAUUCUGCUCGACUCCGUUUGGAAGCACUGAGAGCUCGAGUCUUUGACAACCCCUAUUACUGCAAAUUCAUCAAAGGCAAUUGCAUGAAGCAAGCCGCCUUGUUCACCUCUUUGGCCGUAAUGUUCCUGCCGUUGAUCCUUAUGGUCCUUUUCACCGUCAUGUCGAUAAGUCUGGUGGUGUCCCUCUGUUUAUUCAUUCCUGUGGUCGCCUUGUGUACCGGAGUUGUGCUCACGAUCAUGUGGAACGUCUGGGUUUCCGUUCCGCUAUUCCUGAUGCUGGCAGCGGUUUGGAUCGGAGCAGACAUCUUCGAGAAGCUCUUCAAGGCCCCCAAGAAGAUCGUUCCAAAUCGUCCCCAGGAGAAAUGAACGCAGACCGUGGGAGUUGUCAAGCUUGACCGCUUCCAAUCAGGCUCCACCAAGCCUAUCCGGGGCUCGAGAGCGGGAAAGAUGAACCUCAACCCACUGUACAUUGACAUGGUUGAACGACGUUGCUAAGGAUUGACUUCGGAGCCUUUCAUUCGAAACAAUUCGAGCUUCUCGUCGGGAGACAUCGAGUGAUUGGGAUCCGCCUGAUCUAUUACUUGGAUUUCUUAUCAUAUUUAGGUUUCUCCCUUGUCGCGAUGAUUCUCCCACCUUCAUUUGUUUUGUGCUCAUCUCAAACAGGCUUCUCGCCGUCGCCUCCUUUCAGUAGGCAUGAUCAAUCGUUGGGUUCUAUGUGUGACGUAGAGACGGAGCUUAUUCUAGUCAUUUUCGAUAAGAGGAACGGUUUCUCUGAAAAGAUGAGCUCGUUGGGAGGGUCAAGGGCUAGAGGGAGAUACAGAAAGUAUUCGGUCGUGAUUCUGGGACUUGUUUCGUCUCCUAGCACCACAUAAAAUUACGCUAGAUAUCAACUCCUUUCAUGUGACUGAGUUCGUCGGACGAUGUGAGGAGAAAACUCUCUCAAAUAAAACAUAAGUUUCCCUUUU